UUGUGCCUUUGGCUCGCUGGUGUAACACCGUUAGCUAUUUUUACAACUUUCUUUCUUUCUUUCUUUCCAAAGCUGCACAGUGAGCGUGACAAUGUCUAGAGCCUGAGAAGUGAGGAUGUGGUCAGUGAUAUCGGUCUCACCUUACAUUUCAUGGGUAUUUUAUAUGACUUACUGCGUAAAUAUGAAGUGGAUUUCUCAACACUGUUACUUAAUGCAUCUGCAGCAGUUGUUGGAAAUAUGUUCACUUAAAGCUUAAAGCCUGUGUUGUGAAGGAGAUGCUGCAUUCAUGCCUGUAGCAGCUGAAGUUGGUGCCGGAGCCUUUCUGAAGGCCGGAGCAGUUGAGGGUUGAUUCCAGCGCUUUUCUUUGUCGAAUUAAUUUGUUCACUUAUGCAUGCACCUCCACUUGAAAGCACCUUGGGCUCCCCGGUGGAAGUGAUAAUUUGGGGGAGUUUUUUUCGGGUGUUGGGGAGCGGUCGGAGUGCGUAGGAGUUGGAGUGUGUGUGCAUGUGUGUUCCGCUGAGCCCUCGCCCUCCAUGGAUUUACUCAAUCUCCCCUACACUAAAGUGCUGAUCCUGGGCGCCAUCGCCGCCGCCUCGGCCUUCGUCGUCACCAUCCUCAUCGUGCUGGUGUGUGUGGGCUGUCAGAGGAAAGGCAAAAGUAAACAUGCCCAGUCCAACGGAGGGAGUCACAAGGUGGAUACGGGAGUUCUCCGGCAGUCCAAGCUGAACUCCAUGAGCAAGUCGGACACCCGCCUGCACGAAAUGCACCGAGUGCCCUGCAACGCUAAUGGAGCCCCCAAGAAUCGUCCAGCCAGCAUGGACCUGCUGCUCCUGCACAGCCGCCGCUCGACCUCUGACCUCCGUCCUCCGAGCUCGGGCCGGCAGCUACCGCGCAUCCCCACCAGCCCUGAGGGGGAGGAGCGGGAGCACACAUACUCAGAGGUGGGCCGCCGCUCCUCUCCGACACCCCGUUGCCUGGACGACGGCCUGUAUGAGAGCGUAGGCGUGAAAAGACCACCUCCAGACCCGUCUGCCUCAUCCCUGGCUCCGCCCCCAACUUCAGCUAACGCUUCGGCGCAGGGCCACACCCACAGCCCGUCCACCAACGGGGACGGCCGCGGAGGAGGAGGGAGGGCAGGACCAAACGAGGCAAUGCAGGAGGCGGUGACGGCCGAGUACGCCACCAUCAGGAAGGUGAGGAAGCUGGACAGAGGACGAAGGGUGAACGGAUCGGAGGAGGGCGAGAGCGUGUCUAGUACGGAGUCGUCCACUGGGAACCUGCACCGGAAAACAGUGGAACCAUUCCACAUGCCCAACUUCCCCAAGGAGGCAGUAUUCAUGGGCAAUGGAGAACAGUACAUAUGGAAACCACCAGAGGAGAACGACAUCGUCAUUUCAGGGGGCUCUUCGCUGGACAAUGGCCAGAGCCAUCCAAGCGCCGUCGAGAUCUCUGAGAUGUACUCCACCGUGUGUAAAACCCUGAAGAAGAAACAUCAACAGCAGCAGCAGCAGCAACAGCAGCAACAGCAGGGCUUAAGCCAGCAGGCCAGUGGGCAGACGGGCUCGGCUCCAUCCCUGGGGGGAGAGGAAGGCUCUGGGGCUUCUCAGUCUUGGCCACCAGGGGGAGCUCCUGAGGAGGAAGCACGGGGCAGAAUGUGCCCCCCGGAGGAGCACUGCUACGAGGCGGUGGGUGAGAAGACGUGGCCAAAAGCCAUCGAGUCAGACCCUGCGUACGCUACCAUCGACUCGCACCGCAAGAGAGAUAGGCCGGUGAGCAACACACUCAAGCCCAAGAAGAAGCCCUCUGGUCAGCCUCAGGGGCCGGGAAGGGCCCUAACCUGCGAGAACUUCUACGAGGCCAUCGGGGAUGCAAAGCAAGGGGCGAACGCCAUGAGUACCACCACCAUCUUCACCUUCAAUGAUGGCAUGGAAAUGUACGUCACAGGGCUGUAGAGAUGUGGGCCGGGACUCCUUGAAGACUUCAGUAUGGAAGUUGACCCACAUAAGCACACAUACACAUAUACACACGUUCCAUUUGCGGUAAAACAGCAGACAGCAUAUACAUCUGCACUGUAAGCAUGGAUGUGUCUGAGACCCGAAAGAUGCUGAGACACACACAUGCUAACACACAGACCUUUCCGUACUAAAUUACCAGACAAAAAGAUUCACUAUGUUCCCUAAUAAAGGGUUUGGGUUACACCAGGGUACUUCAACACUGACUGUAAAAAUCAUUCCGUCAUAAUGCUGAGUGACUUCAAAAGCUGUGGUCAAGCACAUUCUUCUCUUUGUCCAGCUCACACUGUCCCUGCGGAAAGGUUCUUUAGUUCAGUUAUGUGUGCAUUUGUUAGAUGGUGUAGAUAGGUAUGUUCAUUCCUCUUGGUGUUUUCAUCACUCUAGGCGAACUUAAAAUCCGUAAAAGGAUAUAACUCUCAAAUACCGUGGAAGUUUUUUUUGUUUUUUUAAUGAGAUGGCAUGCAUCCUCCACCCUUUCUUUGGCAGGCGAAAUGGCUCGAGCAACAGGGUUCGAAGACAUGGCAUGCUUUUUCCCACAGAGAGAAAGAGCCCGGCUGCUUUUUAUGUCACGGGCCGGACGACUGACUCUGACUAACUUUGACUUUCCAAGAAAAGAGAGAAAAGAAAUAUGAAAAAGAGAGCGCGCCGUUAGCGAGGGAAGCCUCAGUGCAGGUAGUUACAAAGUCAUUUCUUAGGGGUGUUGUUAACAUUUGGGUUUAUGAGGCCUGCACUGUCAGUAUGCUGGACCUCUGAGGUCUGGAUGGUUUGUACAGAGCUGAGGCCAGUAAAGGCUAUGAGUCUGGCAGGGUCUGUACACUUUCUCCACAGGUCACAGAACUAGGCCAGCUCCUCCGGCUUCCUGGGCCUCCGCCUGGUUGGCCUAUCUGCGGCGUUUAGCGGCGGCAGAGGCGAAGGAAAACAAAGCCUGAGGCUUAAAGUCGUUAGAAAGCGUCUUUUGGAAGGAAGCCUCCAGCUCUGGUCCGUCUGCGUGGCUCGACUCUACUGUAAACAAUGGCUUUUCCCACAUGCCCUGCAGGAGACAGGAUUUCGGAUUUUUGAGAGCAAUGGCACCACUGAACGAAAAAAGAAGAAAGGGAACAGAAAGAUGACCCGACCUAUUUGACCCCACUCCUCCCCCUUAAAGCCUCGACCAGCUAAACAAGCUCCAUAGGGGGCCUUGGUUACGCCAACAUGGGUUCUAGCAUACAUGACCAUAUCAGGGUCAAUAGAAUGGUCAAAGUUGGGGAUUGAGUGAAUGAAAAGACCAUAAUAUCAGCUCAGGGAUAGAGAAGGGAUUAUAUGUAUAGGAAAAAACGUCCAUUUCUUCUCCAACCUGGGGAGUUUUGCAUUUAAAUAUGUUGGGUUAUGUCGAAUAUUUGUUAUGCCACAUAUACUGUAAAUCAAGAGUAAAGAUAAGAUUUUUAUUGCACUCUAUUUUCUUAAAAAAAUAAAAUUGUAUCGUUGGUUUGUUUUCACACGUAGCUUUGUUAUUAAGGAUGCUAACAUCACUGCCAUGCACACGUGUUUCAAUAUUCUCUAGGUGGUUGUCACGUCCUUGCUUGCAAAUGCAUGCGUUUUAGAAAAAGUAGUAGUGCGCCCCCCCCCGCUUGAUAUUUCUUAUUAAUUAGAAUAAAUAUUCAUUAUUCUUGUAACAGACUGGGCCCAGAAAUGGCCUUUGCCUCAUACUGCAAAUAUCAGUAUGAAUUAGAAAUAAAAAAGAAAAAAAAAAAACAGAAAAAAGAGCAAGCAGGGAGGAGACAUCAUGGUAAUGGGUCGUCUCAUGGAUUACACAAUACAUAUCACCAGGAGUCGUUCAAAGCUGCACGGCUGCACACUCCCAGAGCAAGCCCAAACCCUUCCCAGCAUUAUUAAUCUGCGUCCUUGAGACUCAGCGGUUGCCAGAUUGAAGGAGGAAAUGUGCUCCCCUUAGCUUUGGCUCUGCUUGGGUUCCUCCCACUCUAGAAGCUGUCCGGCAAAGCACAGGGCUUGCUUUGUGCCGUGCAGCAGAUCAGGCCUUUUGAAGUUAAAAGCACACAGAGCAAGAGGAGUUUUCGGGGGGGCACAAUGGUCAUGCCAAACUACGGUUUCAGUGAAAAGGUCGGAACGAGCUCUACCAGAGUGUGACUUGUACAAGCGUACACAAGUCUGUUUUUGUGUUUAAACACAGUAUUUGUGGAUUUAAGACGGCAGCCUGGGACUUACAUGCUCAAAAAUAAAGACAUACACAAUUAGAGAGUCUUAGUCUUAGUCUUAAUACAUUCUACCACUCCCACCAGUCUCACACAGCAGGAGCCGCGAUGCUUUACAGUGCAUUGCAUUAUCUACAGUUUAACACAACAGGGCACAGCAGGACACAGAAACAGACCAAGUUGCAUGUAUAUAUACCUUACUGAUACAAAACAAAAAAAGUGAAAUAAAGGUAUAGUAUUAAUGUUUUAUGAGCUUAACAGAAGUUUAAGAAGUUUAUAUUUUGUUCGUUUGGGCUCUUGGCUGUGAAUUUCAAUCAUGUGUAAGUGCUAAACUUUUCUGUCAGGUAUUCUGCUACCCAUGCAAAUGUCUAGGCUCAACUUACUGUAACUGCGUGUAGGUUUCGUCUGUUCAGAUGUAACAGGGUUUGGUGUGUAAAAAAUCAGCUUAGUAAUAUAAUUCUGUGAAACAGAUUGUAAUGUUUUCUAUCAGAAUCAUUCAUUAAAAUGGUUGAAUUUUUACUUUUGUAAUAAAGUUGCACCUUAAAGCA